GAACAACCGAUGAUUCCACUUCCACCGUCUUCGACCUCUCCCGGUUCACGUGAACCCCCUGCACUCUCCCUCGGAGUGCAAUGAUGGUGCCGGGAAAUCCGUGAAUAACCAGAGAAAAAAAUCAAUAAAACGUAAUUAUUUGAUGAUUUAAUGGGGGAAGAUGCUCGAUAUCGAGACAAUAUCGCAAUUAAUUAGCGAUCAGAUUAAUGGUAUUGGUGACUGGUGGUGGUGGUACGUCAAGGAGAUAUCAUGGCAAUUAAUUCUUGCACCAAUAGCUUACGUACUCGUAUGUAUAUUUAUUUAUCAAUUGCUGAAGAGGGUUAAUCAUCGAGCAUGGCAACUACCAGGACCACCAGGCAGACUCCUGCUCGUUACAGCACAUCCAGACGAUGAGGUCAUGUUCUUUGGACCAAUGAUAUAUUGGCUUACUAAAUUAAGGAGUAGCAAUGUUUAUUUGCUGUGCUUCACCACUGGUGGGCACAGGAGGAGGAAACAGGAGCUGUGGUCUUGCGCAAAGAUCAUGGGGAUUCCUGAGGGAAAUGUAACUAUUUUAAUGAAUUCAGAGCUACCUGAUGACCCAAAAGUACAAUGGCCGGGAGAAAUUGUGGCAGAGCAUAUUUUGCAAUAUAUAGAGACAUAUAAGAUAAAUGCAGUAGUCACCUUCGAUAAACACGGUGUGAGCGGACAUAGAAAUCAUAUAUCGUUGUUUUAUGCCGUUGCAUCGCUGUGCAUCGAGAAGAAAAUACCCUCCUAUUGCAAACUGUACAUUCUGGAAUCUGUUAAUUUGAUAAGAAAAUACGUCCAGCUUUUGGAUCUACCAAUCAGUCUGUUGACGUCUUCCUACUGGUAUUUGGUCACUUACGAGCAACGUAAACUCAUUCACAGAGCAAUGGCAGCCCACAAAUCCCAAUACGUCUGGUUCCGAAAGCUCUACAUGCUCUUCUCCAGGUACACAUUCAUCAACACCCUCCAGGAGGUGAACGCCCUGGACCUGGAGCUCGAUUUUCAGUACGACGAUGAUUAAACCAAAUUUGUAAAAUUCUCCCUCUUUAACUUAAGCUGUACAUAGACCAAAUAAACCAAAAAUUUAUCUACA